AUGGCUUCGACUUUUUCUAUGAACCAAAGUUUGUGUGACGAUGAUGACAGAUUGCCCCUCAGUGCAAGUGUCAUUUUGAAUAAUUCAGAAGGAAAUACAAAGACUAAUAAACAAAAUGAUGAGCCACUCUCAAAAUCAGGAAAAAUCAAAGAACAUCUUCUUCUUCAAGCCAGACAUUUGGAAAGUAAAAUCAACACUCUCGUAAGCCUUUUGGAAAAACGUCAGCUGACUGCCAAGGAAUUAAAAAAGGUCUUUGAUAACAUCAAAAGUGAACAAGACAAGCAGCGUCGAGAAUAUCUUCGAGUAAAAGAAGAAUUCCAGAUAAUUCGGACCAACAAUGAUGAGGCAUUUGACGAAGACAAAGAACUCGAAGGAUUUCUCUUUCAGUUGCAGAUGCGAUUUGACGAAUUGGAAGAUAAACAUAAACAUCUGCAAGAAAACCAGAAGGAACCUUUUCAGGAAAUUGCAGAUCAGGAAACUGAAACAGACACCUGUCCCAAAAUAGUUGCCAAUUUACAGAGAGCAUCUCUCUCUCUCUCUCUCUCUCUCUCUCUCUCUCUCUCUGAUGGGAAUAAUCUGAUUUCUGGUCACAAUGUUGGCCUCUUAGAAGAGAACCAGAAGACAAACACAAGAAAUGGAAAUCAGAGAGUUGCUUCAUCUCAUUCCAAGAAAUUGGAUCAAAAAACCAGUAGAAUUGUUAGAAGUUUGCCAGCACCACCAAAAGACUCAUGUGAAACAUCCAAUAAAAAGAGUGAUGAAGUGAGUAGCUCAACUAGUGUUCCAGACAGUGGCAUUUUUGAGGAAUUGAAUGGCAUGACUCAUCGCCAUCCUUCUGUGAGACUAGCAUCUUCAAGGGUAACACCAAUUUGUGACAUCUGCAGCAUGUCAGGUUGCAGCCACAACUAUGUUACUGAAGUUAAUUACACACCCCCAGCACAAAGAGGGACCAUCUCAGUACCAGCACCAACAUAUUCUGUUUAUAACAGCCAAAAUAUGUCUUUGGAACAAAGAAAUCAUUCCGACUACAGAAAUUAUCAGUUAGUGGAUGGUGAUUUGACGGAAUCUAUCAAUUUGGCUGAGAAGACGAUUGAAGACAUCAACCAUUUGACAAGGAAAAUGAUGAGGACCAUGCAUGAAGAGCUGAUCAAAUCAAAACGAAACUAUGACAUUUUUUAUCAUUUCUAA